CUCUUGCUGCAUUAUUGCGAUUCUGUCAGGUGGUCAAUGCUAGUAUGGUCACAGGUGAACACCAGAUGCCUUGUUUCUUCAAUCCUGCUUCCCUGUGUCUGCGUGUAAGAACCUUCAUGUAUUAGCAGUGGCUGAGGACCAGUGGUGAAGCUGGUGGUCAGGCGGUGUCCCCCUCAUUGUGCUGUGUUGUGCGGGGAUUUUGGUCACAUCGCCAUGUGUGUGGAUCACGUACCCCUGGGUGCUGUAGAUUUUUUUUGGAUGUUUAUUUUCUUUAUUUUGGUGGAUGCUUCCUAUGCCUUCUGGCUCUGAUCCAACUGGCAACCUCCGCUCCUGAUCAGCUCUUGCAAGUUUGCCCAUCAUGUUAGGUGAAGCAGAUUCUCUUCACCCAGUGCUGUCUGGUCCUGACAGAGCCUACCUCAACACCAGGGGGGUUUUCUGGUGUUCUACCCCCGGCUUGUCCUCUAAGGUCAAAUACAGGCUGAUAAGAGAUCGUCGUUUCCUGGUCGGCACAAAAAUCAGUCUAAAAGGGGACCAAAUUGCAACGUUUCCCUUUAAAGUCAAAGCUGCUUCAGAUGGGUCAUAUCAGUGUAAGGCGACAGCUGGAGAAAGCACAGGAUUCAGCAACAGGAUCAAACUGAGUGUAGUCACUCCACCAUCAAACACCAGAGUGACCUUUGAACCCUCCCCUCCAGUUGUGUAUGAGGGGUCACGAAUUCGUCUGAGCUGUGAUGCUGAACAAGGUUCCCACCUUAACUACACCUGGUAUUUUAACAGGAAGGAAAUAACAUCAUCAAAUUCUGGCUUCAGCAUCGCUGGGAACAAACUUGUAAUGGAGAAGGUGACCCUGGAGCAGGAGGGAAAUUAUAAUUGCAUUGUUUGGUCUGUGGUGCAAGACACCAGCAGGUAUUCAACCAGUGCAGAGAUCACGUUGACAGUCAAAGUUAAGAUCUCAAAACCAGAAAUCUCCAUUUCCGUUUUCAAAGAUGGGGAUAAUUACCUUGGAAAUGUAACCUGCUGGUCUUCAACAGGGAGUCCACCAGUAAACUUUUCUCUUUUACUGGAUGAUAAGGAGGUCAGGUCUAUCACAGUCACUGAUUCACUUGCUGCCUGGUUCGAUGUUCCUGUUGUAAUCGGUCUGAACAUGGGAGAGGCCCAAUGUCAAGGAAGAACUCAGGUGCAGGACCUGAAGAGUGAUACCCUCACUCUGGAUAUAGUCCCAGUCGGGGGGGAUGUAAGAGUGGAAGUGGACUAUCUGUACACUGCUGAGGCCAAACUGACUGCAGCCAAGCUGAGCUGUCACAUCAGCAGGGGAACGUUCCCACAUUUCUCCUGGCUCUUAAAUGACUCUAUUCUUCUGUCUGAGUCACAAGAUAAUUUCCAACCUCAAACUGACCUUUCCCACCGAAAACAAGCCCUCAUCCUCAGUAAACUGAGCCCGGAGAAUUCUGGGUAUUACCGCUGCAGGGCCAGAGACAGCUACGAGAUAUCAGGACCAUGGGCAGAUAGUGCAGCUGUACUCAUCCAAAUCACUGAUGAACUCCUUAACUCAAUGGCUCAAGCAUCAUCCUGCAUUGAAACAUCCCAAAAACGUUUUACUGAAGUUAUCAUGAUAGUAUUCUGCUGCUUCUUCCUCCUGAUGCUGGCAGCGGCCUCAGCCUGCGUGUACAAGAUGUUUGACCACUCCCAAGCUAACACAAUAUCAUUUCAUCUCUCUGAACCCGAGUCUCAAUCCGCUGGCCUGCAAUCUGGCACUUUGUCUUCUGAUGUCCAGAACCUGACCGUUGAAAUGACAGUUUGAGGAGAACCAAGAAGAUCCUGAUCCUCAUUCAUCAUUAAUUAUUUAAAAUGUGACCAAUUUUCAGUUUUCAAUAAUUUGACAAAUAUGUGUUAGAGUAAGCUAUUCCUGCAUAAAGAGUGAGAAAUUGUCUUGAACAACUACUGUACAUUCUCAUUUUGUAAAUAAACUAACUUUAAAGAUGGAAA